UGCAAAUAUAUAUGUAUAUAUGUAAAUAUGCAAAUAUGCAAAUAUAUAUGUAUAUAUGCAAAUAUAUAUAGAAAUAUAUAUAUACGUACUCUCCUGCUCAUCCUUGUCGCACUUGGUGGCGACACAGCAGGUGAUGGCGUCGAUGAAGGAUUUGGCCUUGCAGAUGCACUCGGGGUCGAUGCCGCAGUCGGCGGGGAUGGCGGGCCCAGCACACUCUUGCUGUUUUUAUUUAUUAUAUGUUGUUAGCAAUGUCACGAUUGAUAUAUAUAUAUAUAUUUGGUUGUCAUCUAGGUUAGUCGGGUGGAGGAGACAUACAGCACAUUUCGGGAGGUCACCAGCCUGGGCCGCGACGAGCGCGAGGAGGGAAGAGGCGACGGCGGCGGUGAUGGCGAGACGCAUUGUGAGAGAUUGCUUGAUUGAUUGAUUGAUUGGUGAUAGAAUUAAGAAGAGAAGAAGGAAGAAGAGAAGAAGAAGUUUGUAGUUUUGAGGCGGAUGGGAGAGCUACGCAUAGUACGUCGAAAAUAGGGGGAGGAGGAGGAGAAGACAGCUGGGGGAUUGUUAAAGUUAAUAGCGUUGGAAAUAAGACGCAUUCUUGGCUGGCUGGAUGGCUGGCUGCAAAAGGAUAAAUAAUAAUUAACUACAUGUUGAACUAAGCUAUAUGCGCUCGUGGGGAAUUGUGACUAUUUCCUUAUUAUUUAUUAACUAGUUAUUUAGUCCAUUUAUUUACUUUUACUGCAGAGUAACCAAGGCAUGAUGUUGGGUUGACAGGCGCGGAUCCAUGGUUUGCAGCCGGACUCAAAAUCGCGAUCGUGGUUUGCUUGUUAUUAAUAAGGUUAUGGUUAACUAACUAACUAGCUAGUUAGCUAACUAGUUAGAGGGAACUUAGUUAUGAUUAUCUAAAUUCAUAGCCUAGGACUUAGGCAUGGAGGCCCUAAACAAGCCCUGUGUCUUCGGGGGUGCUUUAGUGUAUCCCCCCCCGUUACUCGGCACUGUUAUUCGGCACGCGAUCUGUUUUGAACAAUCACAUAUUCACAUAUUGCACGCUGCACGCUGCACACUGCACGGUGAAGUGAAUAUCAACAAUGGUGAAUGCCAUGAAAUGAAUAUCUUGCCCCUUUUGUGGUUUGCCAAUGUGAAUCCAUCCAUAUGGCUACUCCACUUUGCUUGCGCCGCCUGCCAGUCUGCUAGUGUUGUGGAGUGCUUUUUUUUAUUUUUAUUUUGGCUGUGUUGAUUAUUUCUCUCCCCAUCCCAUCCACCGAGAGACAGACACCUCGAACGACUUCGACUACGACUAACUCCGACUAACCACCAGGUAAUGCUUCUUCUACCCCGCAUCGCGAUAGUUGCGAUAGUUCAAUAGAGACGAAAUAAACCAGCCCGCCGGAGGGCUAGGUUGGAAGUUUUCCUCUCUGCCAAUUCGGUCCUUGAUACUUCAUCCGUAUCGCAACCAUGGGCCUUGGGAUUCUGCAGGACUCCCGCCUCGACCACGUUCCUGGCACCACCUUCAUCCUCGAGGACGAUUCCAGCACCGUCGAACAGCUCGCCCCCUCCCCACACCUCAAAUAUGACACCUCCGGCCCUACACCCAUCAUCCUCGUUCCCCAGCCCAGCGAUGACCCCAAUGAUCCCCUGAACUGGCCCCUCUGGAAACGCGACGCAAUCCUCGCAGUCCUCUCCUUCGUCGGCCUCCUCUGCGCAACAACAAGCCCCCUACUCGCCGCAAACACCGCUACCCUCGCCCACCACUAUGAAACCACCUUCACGAAAGCCGCCCUGCUCACCGGCUACCACCUCUGCGGCGUUGGGGUCGCUGGCCUCCUCUUCGUCCCCUCCGCCAGGGUCUGGGGUAAGCGCCAUCUCUAUAUCCUCGGCUGCAUCGUGAUGAUCUUCAGCUCCGCCUGGGGCGGCGCGAGUGCCGGCAGCUAUAAGAGUUUGCUGGUUGCGAGAGUUUUCCAGGGAGUGGGACUGGCGCCGUACGAGGCCUUGGUCAAUGCAAGUGUGGGGGAUUUGUUUUUUGUUCAUGAACGUGGGAAACGGAUGGCAUUGUCUAACGUCGCCCUCUUCGGCGGCAGUUUCUUCACCCCCGUCAUCGUCGGAAAGCUCACCGUCUCCAUGGGCUGGGAAUGGACCUUUAAUUUCCUCGCCAUCUUCUCUGGCGCGUGUCUGCCAUUGGUCAUUUUCUGCGCUCCCGAAACCGCUUUCAGGAGGGCGGCUCAUCUCAACACGGAUUUCGAAGGGGAAUCUAGCCAAGGAGUUGUCCCUAAUAAUACCACCGCUGCUCCUACUAACACCACUCAACCCAUUGAAUUGGAUACGGAGAACAACAACAGGUCAUCCUCGCAAAAGUCCCGUGAGGAAGAAAUGAAGGCGGAGAAACACGAAUCUAGAGAUGAGGAUGACAAUGGCCAUGACCCUGUCAUUACCGAGGAAGCGGCACGCGAUGUCAUCCCGCGUAAAGUGACGUAUUGGCAAUCGUUGAAACCUUUCAAUGGGCGCAAGACAGAUGAGAGUUACUGGAAGCUAUUGCUCCGCCCGCUACCGUUAUUCCUACAUCCGGGUAUUUUAUGGGCCUGCCUGACCCAGGGCGUGUUAAUCGGCUGGACUGUCUUCAUCGGUGUCGUCCUCGCCGCACUCUUCAGCUUCCCGCCGCUCUGGUUCACUGAGGACAAAAUCGGCUACCUCUACACCGGCGCCUUUAUCGGCUCUAUCGCCGGUCUCGUCCUCUCAGGCUUGCUAGCCGAUUACUCCGCCAAGCUGCUCACAAAGCUGAACCGCGGUGUAUAUGAGCCCGAGUUCCGCAUCGUGCUAGUGCUGUUCCAGCUGGUGUUUAGCGCCCUGGGACUGUAUGGGUUUGGGUAUACGACGGCGGACGUGGCGCGCUUUGGAUAUGUGGUGCCCGAUGUUUUUUUUGCGUUUGUCAUUGUCGGCAUGGUUAUGGGGGCGGUGGCGAGUGCGUUGUACGUUGUUGAUGCGCAUCGCCAAAUCGCCGUCGAAGCCUUCACGUGCCUCCUCGUCUUCAAAAAUAUGUUCAGCUUCCUUCUGACAUACUUCGCCUAUGACUGGAUCGUGCUCUCCAACCCGAAACGGGUCUUCAUUAUCAUCGCCAGUAUUCAGGUCGGCGUGUGUCUACUCAGUAUACCCAUGUACAUCUUCGGCAAAAUCAACCGCUCCUAUUUCCACCGCCACGAUAUCCUAAAGAUGUUGAAUCUAUGGUGAAAAAAUAAACGCCAAAAGAAAAUAUCGGAAUCAGCGAUAUCUAUAUAUAUAUCGUACCAUGGCCAUAUCAUAACAACUAAUACUCCCACCGUACUAAAAUCAAUCCGACCCGAUCCGAUCCGAUCUUGCUUUUAUAAUCAUUUGUUCCCCCCAAUUGUAUUCCAUUUCCAUGCCAUCAUAUCAUACAUGUAUCAUAUCCCUUUAAUACAACACGCUCAAAAACCCGGCCCCCAUACCUCAAUCGAUUCAAGCAGUGAUACCCCCCUACCUUCCCCCGUCCAUAACAACCCGACAAACCACGGGCUGGCUUUGCUUACUGUGUGCUAAACGCCGUGCAUGGGCCCCCAUCCAUCUAUUAUCAUCUCGGGCAAACCCCUCCCUUUUUUUCACUCCCUUUUUUUCACUCCCUUUGUUUUGCCCCUUUUCUUUUCUUUUCUUUUUUUUCCCCCCUCAAAUUACGUCCGUUUCCCGCUAGAACUUGCAUGCGUGCAUGUAGUGCAAGUAUGGGUAAAUGGGGAAUGGGUGAGGGUUUCAGUGACAUAGGGAGGUAGUAACUAGUUAGUAAAAAUUAUUUAAUUAUUAGUCUUGUUUCUUUUGAGAUGUGAAUUCCAUUCAUGCCCCUUUCUUCUUUCUUACUUAUAAUUUAGUUAUUUUUAUAUACUUGUUUGCCAAAUGUAGCUUUUUGCAUUCUCUAAUACAAGCAUCAAUGCGCAGCCCCCUCUACCACUUCCACCCUCGGGCCUCUACCCCCCCCUUACCACCCCUUCCACCCCUUCCACCCCCUACCCCCUCUACCACCACCACCACCACCACCUCUACCGCCCCUACCACCCUCUCCCCCUACCACCCUCUUCCACCCCGUAUCACCCCUAUCACCAUUAAUCAGAGCUGUACAGGCCACAGAGCCGGCUGUUCAAUCCCAUCCAUGAAUUCAAAGGGGUGCACAUGACAUCACAUGAGAUCAUGUUACAGGGCAUUUAGCAGUGCAUGCCAUGAACACAGAGAUCAAAAAUGAACAUAGA